AUGCCAACGAAUUUAUCCUCCAACCAGCUGGGUACUGACUGGUGCACUUAUAAAACGAUCGGUAGUCGAAGCCCCGAUCGACUUUAUGGUUCACCACGAAUGACGCCCGCUGGUGACAAAGCCACUACCAUGGAAAAACUUGUAUCGCCGCCGGUGAAGAAAUGGGUUGAGGGCUUGACUCGUGCGUUGCAGGACGAAAGCUACUGUAGCUCGCACGACGAGGCUGUCGCCGUUGCCGAACUCUUGUUCGAACAUGAGGCUCCUGAUGACGACGCUUGCGAUCAAGGAGGUCUUUUUGCAUUGAAAGAGUCGCACCGUCAGGGCUUUUCCGACUAUCUUGGUCUCUCCAAAACGGAAAGCGCCGAAAUUAUGGCCAAGGUUCGUCGAAGGGUUUGCGGCGAUCCCAAGCCCGAAGAAAGUAACGAAAAUGAGCAGUCAAUCAGCAGCUCGUGCUUGUCCGAAGGUGAGGAACAGUUUUGCAUCUCUAGCGGUGACGAGGAUGGGAUGCCAGUCAUAGGAGAGGGAGAAUGCGAGCUUUGUGAACGAGAAAUCAAGCUCACCAAACACCAUCUGAUUCCAAAAUCUACGUGGGCUAGACUGGAACCCAAGUUCCGGAACGCAUGGGUCGAAUGGCACGAGAAUAGUAACGAGGAAAAAGCCGCUGUGUGGGUGGGACCGCUACUUGUAAAGAUGUUGGAUGCAAUAAACGAGAAUAGCAGUGCCGCCGUCAAGGAUGCCUUCCAGUCUUGGACGUGCAAUAUUUGCCGGCCCUGCCACUCCAUGAUUCAUCGGACACACGACAAUUACGCGUUAGCUACUGAAUACAGCACAGUAGAAUCACUCCUACGUGAUGAAAAUAUUUACAAUUAUUGCCGGUGGGCGAACAAGCAGCGGGCUGGAAAAUAUGCGCGGUAA